AUGGCAGCUUCCGUGGGCGAACUGUAUGAUGCACUGGACCAGACAACAAAGCAUUAUGCAGACCUCUGCCCGGCCAUUUCCAGGCCUUUGGUGGCGACGCUUGUAGACUGGUUGCCUCCCGCUCCAGCGUUGACAUUGUCCAUAGGCUGUGGCAGCGGCAUCCUGGAGGCGAUCCUGCUUCAUGCUGCUGAAGAGGACCACGGCAAGCAGCUCAACCUGUGCGCCGUCGAGGUGCCUGACUGUGCUGUUACUCAUCUGCCGGAGGACUGUGUAGCAAGAGUGCCAAACACCUUCUCCAUCUACGAUGAUGCCAUGCUCGCAUCGACCCUGAUAUUCGUGUAUCCCAGGCAAGCAAAGAUCAUUGCAAUGUAUCUUGGUGCGGCAAAGGGUACGGCUUUGGAGCAGAUUAUCUGGCUGGGUCAUCGCAGCGACUGGCCAGAAGCGGAGGAGAUAUUGCUUGCUUCUUCUGUCCAGAUCCAGCGCGUUGAAAGGCCAGGUACAGCCGAGUAUGAGCUGCUCGUUAUCGCUCGCCUACCGGAGAACGACGGCAAACAUGUUGACUGA